CGAUCCCGCGUACGCGAGAGAGAGAGAUGGAUAGAGAUCUCUCGCUCAUCGAGGGGUGUCGCGGGCAAGGGGCAACAGAUGUCCUUCCGCAUGACGCACGCGGGGUGGCCGUCCCUCCACCAGUCUCGCGUCUGGUGGUGGUUGUGCGCGUCGUGUUGACGGUGACAGACGGAAUAGCUGGCCUCUCUUUCGUCCUCGGCGAGGAUCUCGUUGAACGACAGACACGUCCGAGAGAAAUGUUCGCGUAAAAUGACGUUGGACGCGCGUCGAGUAACUUCCUCCCGACAAAAAGCAUUAUUUGGUUAGCGCGCGAUGUGCGAAGUAUCGAAGGGGCAACGGAGAGCGUUCCGCGAUCAGGAUCCACCGCGAAUAUGCAACAAGAGCGCGGAAAAUUUACUGCGGGACGAGCUCGAAUUUUCGCGCUCGACGCCAAGCUCGCCGACGACCCUUCAGCGCGCCGCCAGCCUCGAGAAAUGCUUCAGCGAGCCCGAGUUCUUCCAGAAGCAACGCGAGCUGCUCUCGAAGCACGAACAGCGGUCGAGGGAGAAGGGCAGCUGCGGCGAGGAAAGCGUCAUCACCUCCGAUUCCGCACGUGGCGCGGACGACGAUUCCGGAAGAAUGGCUGAGGUCGCGAGGAGCACUUCGGAGGACCUCCUGAGGGAACUCUCCGCCAAAGUGCCUUCCCCCUGCAAGCAGAUGAAUGAGGUGAUUACUAACGGUCUCAAGUGCGACUCGGACGACGUCGACGGUUUGACAAACGAUAGAAAAAUGGCACCGGUUCUGGGCGCACCACCUCCGCCACCACCGGCUCCUCACAUGGGACCAGACGGCUUAAUCUUGCCGAGAAAACCGUAUAACCCUUGCCUUAUCUCCACUAAUCAUAAGGAUCUGCACAGAGAAUUACUCUUUAAUCAGAAAAUUGGCAAAAAUGUCUUGAAUCAGAAGAGCGAGUUGCAACGUGCUUUGGAGAAACAUAGAGAAGCUGCAUCAAGAAGAGAAGCUGAAAGGAUUCGAGAAGAAAGUUACAAGGAUGAUCCCAGAACCGCUUUGCAAAGAGCAAUUGAGCAGAGAGCAAGAAACAUUCAAUUAACGCAAGAGCAAUCGCAGGCGACGAUGGAACCGCCGAGCAAUCUCCUGAUAACAGCGAGAGCGAAGCUGAGGCCUCGCACCGAGUCCCAGUGAGCCCAGCGAAGAUCAGAGAUCGCGCCCGAAUGAAUAAGACGAUCGAUCGAUCUCGAUUCGCUCGGGUGGCUCAUCGUGUAAUUUCAUACCUCGGCGCCUUAUCGAUCGCAAUCAACAUGUAUAUACGCGUAACAUCUGAUAAGAUUUCGUUGGCACGAGAAUUACUACGGCGUCUCUCGUUUGGCACGUCGGAAGGUGUGUUGUAAUGGGCGUUAAGAGAUAAUACGCUAUCUAUUUGAUCGCUCGAUUGCGAGCGAGGAGAGGAUCGGUGGAUCUGUCUCGUAGAACACGUUUCAAUCCACCGCAAAAGCAUUCCCAGAACAACGCGAAGGACCAAACAAUGUUGUGUCUUGAAGAUUAGAACUUAUCUCUUUAUGAUUUAAACAUCGUAAAUUACGGUGUCGUUCGUAAACCGCCUGGAUCUUGUAACGUGCAAGCAAACGGCUCGUAAGAAGGUAUCAGGUGUCUCGAUGUACAAUCAACAAUAAUAAAUAGUAAACCUCAGUGUGCCGAGCUUAGUUCGAUGACCAAUUAGGAUGAUGUCGACAAAAACUGUAACGCGUUAUUCUAUUAUUAUAUACGAUUAUUAUAUUGGUAAUUAUCGUAUAUAAUAAAGUAAUCCGGUAAUUAUUAUACGUGUAAACUCGAAUAUAUAAUAACCAGCGUAUUUUUUCUUACGAAAACAAAGGUGAUUUCGUCGCGAGAGCACCGACAGUAACACAGUUUGAUAGAGUAGGACACAAAUUGACAAUAGACAGAAUAUAACGAUAGAUAGAUGGCGAGAUAACGCAGAAGAAUUUAUUCGUCUCUGUUUCGAUUUUGAGCGAUACGAAAUAUUUCUUUUCAUUUCUCAAAAUUCAGUUUCUUUAAGACAUAUUUUAUAAAAUUUGCGUUAAAACGAUAAAUGGAUAAUACAUUUUCCAAAAAUCGCUGGGUCUUUUAUUUACACAAUAAAGAAAAAUUGAAAUUUAUUGUUUCAUUACACAUAAGCGAAAUAUUUCGUAUCGUUUAAGAUUAAUCGCUCGAAAUACGCGCGAGAGUUCUGGAUCCGUGAAUGUCCGAGGAUACUCGCGACCAUGUGUAUCCUGGAUACGUUCCGUUUACCCCAGGCAAUGGUAUGCACGUGGUCGCUUUUUCUUCCCUUCCCCGUCUUGGAAGUCCCGAUGGUGUCUUCCACGAUCUUCGGCGAUUCGGGCAUUUAGAAAGUAUUUUGUAUUCCAAACUCAUUUUCUCUCUCGGAUCAUCAACGGUGACAUUACUCGCAUUCUUUUUGGACACGUCACGAAGAGCCUUGAGUCGAGUUACGUUAAACAUAGGACAGUUUCCGCUCGAAGAUACGCGCAACUAAUCGCACGACUCAUCAUUAAAGUUCUCGAUUUGUCACGGUAGCUUCUACCGUUAUGAGUCAAUGUAGCUAUAGUGAAAGAUUUAUCUGAAACUUAAUGCUUUUUAUUUCACGCGUACUUACUCUAAAGAUGUUUUAUAUGCGAAUUAAAUGCCAAAAUUAUGUCUCAUUAUAGUUAUAUAGAAGUAAUGCCACUGUAUGUGUGUGAAAGUAAAAAUUCCGCCAGAAGACAAGAGAGGAUAGAUCAGAACUCUCCGCAAGACCAUGUGUUCUUAUACUUCGUUAUAUGAUAAUGAGAGAAAUGUAUGACAUUAGCAAGAUGCUGGGUAACAAUUGUUGCGAGCCGUAUUUAAAUGUCGAAUCGAAUGCUAUUAUUAAAUCUCGUGGUCCUUUGUUUGAAGAAUCUUGCGAAAACGUGCGCAGCCUCUUAGGAUUAUAAAAUAAUAAGACAUGAAUUUGUUACACCUUUUUUUAAUUUACCGAUCAAUCCACGAAGAUUUUAUAACAUAUAAUUCGCGCUCUUAAAAUGCGUAGGGAAAUAUAUCGACGUAUAGAGAUUCGCUAUAGAGAAGCCGCAAAUGCAGAAUACUUUCGUUUUCUUUUUGUACAGUUGUCACAUGUAUGUAUUACUCUCUACGUUUAUAUCGUUCUAACAUUAAAAACUUAAUUAUACGAUAUUCAGGACCAUAAGAUCUUCGCAAUGAUAUAAAUCUCGAAUUCCAAAUAUAUUUUAUUCAAUACUAAACACACCAUCCCUGUCAUUUCCAUUUUAGAGUAAAACUGUAAGAAACCAGUAAUAAAGAUUUAAAAAUU